UUGUCAUCAUCCGUAACACACCGUGACUGUGUUAACAUACACUCCGAAUACGUUCAAUAUAAAUCAGAGAGCCUUGGGGAGCUUAUCAGAAUAACCAGGGGCCUUCCCUCCUACUGUGAUUCGGCGUGCCAUAUCGAGAGGAACUCCAGUUCCAACCCUCAACUCAAAACAACCACGAUGGCCGACGGGGAGUACGUGGAUUUUAACAUAUGGAUAUAUGAGCCUAGCAAGGCGGCUGCCAUAGCUUUUGCUGUGGCGUUCUCUGCCACUGGUGCGAUACAUGCCUGGCAAGCAGUACACUUUCACAGCUGGCGUUUGACCGGUUUAUACGUCUUUUGUUCUUUUCUAUUCGUCGGUGGUUUCAUCGCCAGGGCCCUCGGGUCCUACGACAAUCGCAACAUUAUCAAGUAUAUCGUGAGCAUUGUUCUAACCUACGCCGCUCCUCCAUUGUACGAACUGGGCAACUAUUAUAUUCUCGGCCGUAUACUCUACUUUGUCCCUCACUGCUCGCCCAUUCAUCCCGGCCGUGUCUUAACUACUUUCGCUGCUAUAUCUACUCUUAUCGAGGCGUUGAACGGCGUUGCCGCUUCCUACGUGGCUAACGUAACUCUCCCAAAACAUCUUCAAGAUACUGGCCACACGCUCUUCAAAGUGGCUUUGAUCCUUCAGUUGGUCGUCAUCUUCCUAUUUGUCACGUUGGCAACGACAUUCUACUGGCGCUGCCGCAAGAACGGAAUCAACCACACCAAGGUGAACCAGCCAUUAGUCACGCUCUACAUCAGUAGUACCAUCAUCUUCGCGCGUACCAUUUACCGGACUGUCGAAUACUUUGAGAUCGAGACUACAGUCACAUUCACAGGCUCCGAGCGUCUGCCAGAGAGUCCAAUCCUACGCUACGAGUGGUACUUCUACGUUUUUGAGGCUGCCUUGAUGUUGAUCAACAACAUUUUGCUCAAUGUCCGCCAUCCCCGCCAAUGGUUGCCGCAAAGUACUAAACUGUACCUAGCUAAGGAUGGUAUCACGGAGAUCCUCGGUCCGGGAUACAAGGAAGAUCGUGGCUUCGUAGCAACACUCCUUGACCCCUUCGACGUGUAUGGAAUGAUCAAGGGCAGGGAUAAGACCACUCGAUUCUGGGACGAGCAAAACGAGCCACCCGCCAGCCAUAAUCUACUCCCAGUUUCUAAGCAUCCGAGAGAAGAGCCUUCACAGGUAUGAACAUAAUGGCGGGGACUGUGCCCUGCGGGUCCCAAUAUCUCCCCUAAGGAAUAUAUGGGUGUCAUAGGGUGGCCACCUGCAUUCAAGAGACAUUCGGCCAUGGUGAGAUCAGUGUCUGCUGAAUAUUUAAUUACGUACAUGGCUUAUAUCCGGGCUUGAUUGUCUGAUCUUGCAUAGCGGCCGGCGUUUGCAGCGUUAGUUCUCCUUUCCCUAAAAUACUUGUAUGGGUGUUAUAGACAGCAUUUGCGAAACA